AUGGCCAUGAAAACCAACGACUCAAGUGAAACUGGCGCCCAAGGUAAACUACCAUUCUGGCCGUACGCCACUGGUGCCACCGGCUAUGUCUGCGGGGUGACCAACACGUACGAAUCCGGAGGCCAAAGCGUCGCCACAGGCGAGUUCUCGGCGAAAACAUCAUCGGAUGCCUGUACAGCGCCUUACUACGCUGAAGAAGACGCCAGUCGCAACACCACAGCCGAUUGGGAGGACAGCGAGAUGGCGGCGCAGAAGACGGAGAGUGUCGCGGACACCAUCGGCGGCAGCUAUCCGGAGUCCGGCUUCGACAGCGUCGCGGGAAGCGAAAUGGAAAGCGAUGUCGAUGACAGGCGUUACCAUGCACUCAUCAAGGCUCAGUCACUUAUCAACGCUUGCGUGCAUAAGCCUUUUGCUGAGAGUCACAAAACUGCACUUGUGGACUUCAUGGGUGAUCUGGGUUUGCGCGGGUGGCCCUUUCAUCGUGACACCAAGACUCUCAUUGACGUGUGGAAGAGUGCCAGUCUUCUAUUGCGGAACCUGGGCCUUGACGUUCUCGUUUCCGUCAAGGUAGAGCCUGAUCCAGAGAACGAAGAGCGGUACAUCAUCGCACUUGGCGAUCCGGACGUGCUGAUCGGCCAGUACGGCAGCCAGGAGAGCGCGCUGCCCGAGUGGUACUCCAUGGCGGUAACCAGCUGCUUCAAGGUGUUCACCAGCGGCAAAUACGUGGACAUCGCAAGGCGGGUGCGUGAGUUCUCCGCGCGGCUGGCAGAGGCCACCACCGACCGCGGCAGCGAGGCAUUCGUCGCCAACCGCUUCAAACUGGUGCAGCUCAAGCACCACGCUAACCUCAUACAGCUACUCACAUUCCUGUUCAGCAACAUCACCGUCGUGCACAGUCGCAUGAAGGUUCUGGUGAAGACGGAGGCGUACUUCCGUGACCUUCGAACAGUGCUCCACGUGACCAAAGGCGUGGACGUGCUUAACUACCUGGGCUUCCGCGCGCUGCUGCACAUCUCGCCGCUGCUGCCGGACCAGGCACUGGAGAUGGCCUCGCUGCAGAUGAAGCAGCUCACUGGCCUUCACCGACUCAACUGGCCCCGAUGGCGCCGCUGCAUCCGCAUGUUUGAGAGUGUCACGCCCGCCGUAUUUCUGCACGCGUACGCUGACGUGCGACAAAACACGCCCAACAAGGACAAGGUCUGGAGUUUGCUAAACGACAUCCAGGCGAGCUUUGUGCUCGCCAUCAACAGCGCUCCCUGGAUGAGCAUUGACGACAAGCUCAUGUUGAAGGACCGCCUAUCGCACAUCAAGAUCGAGAUGUUCCACAAGUUCGUGGCGAAACGCGGGCACAAGCACUCGCCUUCCGAAUUCGUACCGGACGUGCAGCCCGGAAACGUCAUCACCGUCUACAGGAGCCUAGCUAGGCAGCUGAUGGAACGACGCCUUGCAAGAAUCAAAAUGCGUCGCGAUCCUACGGUGACCAAGUGGAGAGGCUCGGUCUUCGACACGGUGCCUAAAUUCGACAGGGACUCUCGAAGCAUCUUCGUGCCCAUGGCCAUGUUCGACCCCGCUUACAUGAACGACCCUGAGUCUAUGCUACUUCAGCUUCCCAGAGUGGCGACCAAAGUGAUCGGGGCGCUCUUCGCCGGCAUCCACUACGGCAACUUCCCACAAAGCAAGUUGCACUGGUCGGUGGACACCGAGCUGGGCUACCACGACGUGCAGAAAUGCCUGCAACGAAACUACGCGGGUUCAGACGCAGACGCAGCGUCCUCAAUGCCCGGCGGCGUCAGGUUGCGCACAGAAAAGACAACGCAGUUCGAUGUUCUGGAGAGCUUGUCGCUGCUACCAGCCUUCAAGCUUUUCCUGAAGCACGUAAACAAGGUGAACAUCGAAGACUACGGCUUGCUCACAGGCCUGAACAUCACUGUAAAGCAGCUUUUCUACAUUCUCUACACCAAGGGUCUCUGCGAAACGACAGACGCGGACAGGCGCCGGGAACUGGCCGAGGAGUCAAUGUUCCGGCCACCGCCAGACCGUGCCAACGGACCCCUGAGGAACUCGUUCAGGUUUCCCACUUUCUGGGAAUGCGCCAGCGACUCGCCCAUGAACCCGAAUCAGAAGUGCACCAUAUGGACGUCUUAA